AUGAAGUUCUCGACAACUCUGGCUGUCUCCAGCCUCCUUGGCUCCGUCUAUGGCCAUGGAUACUUGACAAUCCCUUCCAGUCGCACCCGUCUCGGCCACGAGGCUGGCAUAGAUACCUGUCCUGAAUGCACCAUCCGCGAGCCCGUGUCUGCUUGGCCAGACCUCACCGCCGCAACCGUAGGCCGCAGCGGACCUUGUGGCUACAAUGCCCGCGUUAGUGUCGACUACAACCAGCCCUCCACGAGCUGGGGAAACUCUCCCGUGGCCACAUACACGAGGGGGCAAGUCGUAGACGUCCAGUGGUGCGUUGACAACAACGGCGACCACGGCGGCAUGUUCAGCUACCGCAUCUGCCAGGACCAAGCCCUCGUCGACAAGUUCCUGACACCAGGAUACAUCCCCACGGACGAUGAGAAACAAGCGGCUGAGAACUGCUUCCAAGCCGGCACUUUGCCCUGCACUGAUGUCUCUGGACAGACCUGCAACUACAGUCCCGACUGCACAUCGGGACAGGCGUGCUGGAGAAACGACUGGUUCACCUGCAACGCCUUCCAGGCAGACAGCCGCAGGGCAUGCCAGGGCGUAGACAACUCAGCUCUUGGAUCCUGCUACACCUCCAUCGCAGGCGGCUACACCGUCACGAAGAAGAUCAAGAUCCCAGACUACGUCUCCAACCACACUCUCCUCUCUCUGCGCUGGAACUCCUUCCAGACCGGCCAGGUCUACCUCACCUGCGCCGACAUCGCCAUCUCCGGCAGCGGCGGCAGCAACCCUGUCACCUCGACGCGCACCACCAGCGCCGCGGCCACAGCGACGAGCGGCAGCUGCACGGCUGCCAGCAGUGUCGCCGUCACCUUCAAUGAGCUCGUCACGACAGUGCCGGGGCAGACGAUCAGGGUUGCCGGGUCAAUUGCGGCGCUGGGCAACUGGAACGCGGCCUCGGCCCCGGCGUUGUCGGCGUCGCAGUACACGAGCUCGAACCCGUUGUGGACUUACACGGUGACGCUGCCGGCCGGGACGACGUUCCAGUACAAGUUCAUCAACGUGGCCUCGAGCGGAACCGUGACUUGGGAGAGUGACCCGAACCGGUCCUACACUGUGCCGACAGGUUGCGCGACUGCCGUGACUGUCAGUAGCAAUUGGAAGUGA